AUGGCCGAAGCAAACAUGAUCACUUUCAGAAGAGACGAACUUCAUGUCGAAGGUGCAAGUCACAACAAGGCUCUUCACAUCAUUGUUAAAUGCAUGGACAAAGUGGUAUCCCAGGUGCUGGUUGAUGGAGGGUCAGGAGUCAAUAUUUUUCCUCUCUCCACCCUGCGGGAGUUAGGAAUUCAUUUGAGGGAAGUCAAGGAAAGCCACAUAAGAGUGAGAUCCUUUGAUGGUUCACAAAAGGAUGUUAUUGGAGAAGUUUAUCUAGCUUUGCAAAUCGGGCCGAUCGAUUUUUCGGUAUUGUUUCAAGUGAUGGACAUCUCCUCUUCCUACAACGUGCUGCUGGGCAGGCCCUGGAUAUAUAAGGCAGGGGCCGUGCCCAUCUACUUUGCACCAAUGCAUAAAAUAAGAGUGGGAUUGACAAGAGAUCGUGGUUCAUGGUGA